UGUUAAAAAUCAAAUAUGACAUGUUCAUCCUGCAUAGGAAUGUGCUUCUCAGUUAUACAACUGUUGUUCUGUGUUUUAACUGCAUUUACAAGACUUGUCUUGUUACCUUCUUGGGACUUCACACUCCCAAGGUUCUUUCACACUCCUUCAGGCUAUAAAUUAUGGGCAUUUGCCUACUGAAGUGUGAUUUAUUAUUUUCAUAAAAAAGCCCAACCCUUACAUCCCGUGUUUAGCUGGAAAGAGGCUUCUUUGUGCACCAAGACUUUAAAUUGUGAGCAGCCAUUUACUCACUGCUUUUACUUCUCUGGGUCGUGUUGUUCAAGGAUCUCGGUUCCCUCCUCUCACCAUGAAGAGUUUUGCUCUCCUUUUGCUAGUUGUGAUCUGUGGCAUGGGAGGACUGGGACAGAAGCUGAAGCCAAAGAAAAGAAGCAAUGGUGAAGAAAUCAAAUUUCGGACUAAAACCAAAGAUGUUUGCACAAUAACCACAAGUGGCGAUGACGAGGAGAUGAAACUUAGAAUUGAAUGCAAAAGCCAAGGCUUGUCCUACUGGUGUGAAUUCAGUGGCAAGCCAUCAGUCUGUCGUGCUUUCAGAAAUAACCCAAAGAUUUACUGGAAUCAGAUCGCCGCAGAACUCAGAAAGGUCCCGCACGCUUGCGAACCCAUGGAAGUCUUGAAGACCACCAUGUGCCAAAAGGCUCCCCCAGAGGCUCUCAUGAGGCAAAUAGCUGCUGGUAUGGAGCCAGAAGAGAUAGCAAACCAGGGAAAAUCAGUCCAGAAAGCCUCCAUUCCUAUGAGAGAAGCAGGGCAAAACUCUGACUCAGCCCAACAUGGUCAAGGGUCUGAAAAUGAAACAGAAGCAAUGAAGCUGGCACGGGAACACUGCUGGGAAUCUCUGCAUGGUGUCUGCUCCUACAUCAUUGGCAUCCUUAGGGGCUAAGGGUUUGCUUCAGGUAAAACUCAUCUGGAAGCACAGCAGAAUAUCCCUGAGAGUAAUUCUAUAAUUUUAUUUUUCUUUUUGAGGGUCUCCAGGAUGUGGACAGGGAGGUGCUAAGCUCACUUGCUAAAAUCUAGCAUUACAAGGCUUUUGGGGGCUGGACAGCUUAAAUUUCCAGUGAUCCAUAUUGGUUCAGGACUCCUGUAAAACCUCCUGUGAGGUCUUCAGUAUGUACAGACGUGUUUGCCCUAUCUGUUAUUAAUCUAUGGUAUUUCAGUUCUAACUGUUUGAACUGGGCUGAUUUUUGCCUUCUGUCACUCCUUUCCUCUUGUGCUGCCUUCUGGAUUUACACCAGGGAAGUACAAUAACUAACAAAUGCAUCAUAUCCAGCCAAAUGCAUCAGUUAGAACAAACUGCAUUCAGAGGCUGAGGGAAUAAAGCUUAUUCAUCAAAAC